AAUGCCCGAGAAUUGACUGGUGUUGGAUAACUGGACGUGUCUGGACAUUAACGGCCGGAUUGCAUUGUAUUCACAUCUUUAUCGAUGCGUUAAACAUUUUUGUUAAGUGUUAAACAGUCACUUAACAUAAGAAAACUUGGCAAUUACAAAAAAAUCAAACAUGCAAACUCACUGUUAAGCUAAGCCAUGAAUUAAUUCAUUCAAUAAAUAAGCUUGCGUGAAGACAAUUUCGUGAGUUACAGGUUUCAAAACCGAAUCAACGUAAGUAUCAGAUUAAAUUUUAUCAAAACGAAACCGAAAACGGUUUAAAUUCCGCUUAUUUCUUUUAUCGAAUUCAAUAAUCCUGAAAUCGCAAAUGAUAGCAUUGUUUACAAUGGAUACAAAUGGAUUGUGACUUAUAAAUCACGUGAUGAAAUUAAGAAUAAAUUGGAUACGGUUUCGAUUUUGUAAAUACUUUAGACGCUAAUAGACAGUGGAUGCUAUCAUAAUGUACGAAGAGGUGCUGAACAAAGAGAGAGAGGAAUUCAACGUGAGUGAAGCUCAAAUAGAGAAAGCUUUGUGUGAAAUUCGAAAUGUUUACAGAAUAAUACCCUGCAAGAAAUACCUACCUGGCAUCGAUUACAAUCGAUCAUCGUACAGAUGUGCCUAUAUAUAUUAUUUUGGUUAUUACCACACUGCCAUGGUAGAAUACCUGUUGCUCAAGUUCAAGAAUGAGAAAGAAUCCAAGUUUAACGAUAUGAUGAUGUACAAGAACUUCAACAUGAACAUUUGCAGUUUGGGCGGAGGUCCGGGAUUCGAUUUAAUUGGGCUUUUAAAAGCCAGAUCGUACUUUGUACGGAUGUGCAUGAAGAAACUGAAAUGUACUGUGAUUGAUCUGUGUAAUGGUUGGGAAAUCUCCCUACGCCACGUGCGUCAGAGCUUUUUAAGUGGCGUAGGAAGUACUUACAAUAGUUUUCAGGUUUUCGACUUUGAUCUGGUAGAGGCUAAUCUGUGUAAGCCUCUAGAAUCAAAUGUGAAGCAAGUCAUCGCUGAGGCUGACGUCGUCAACAUGGUCAAGUUUGUAUCGGCAGUACCCUGUGAUGGCAAGCGUAAUAUGGAAUAUUUACAUAGAAUAUUUGCUUUGAUGAAGAAAAAUGCGUAUGUAUUCUAUGUAGAUAAUAUCAACGGUGAAUUUUACAAGAUGGUAGCUAAAGUAGCGGAAAAAUAUUCUUUAAAACUCGUGUGGAACUCUGAACAUAGGAAAUUGGAAGUGCAAAGACCCAUUUUUAUUCAAAACAAUUUUAAAAGCAAAACAAUGAAAGGUACUUCAGUAGUUGCAGCAGUAUGGCAGAAGAUUGACUCUCCUUUAUGAUGACUGAUUUAUUGAAGGUACGUUACUGAUCUCAAAUUUUUCCUGUUGAUAAUGUUUAUGUAAAUAAUCAGCUUUAUCCUACGGCCGCUUCAUUCUAUCGCUCUGGGAACCCAGAAUUUAAUCCUGGCAAGCAAAACCAGGAAUUUUUCAUGUGUGAUAUGUCUCGGGUACCUCAAUCUUCGUCUUUCAUCAUUUGGCAGUCACAGUUUUGGGCCUGCCCGAACCAAUGAGGGACAUGGAAAAAUGUCCUUGCGAUGCCAGAGAGCGGAAACAAUCUAAAAUAAACUUGCUACAUAAGAUUAUGCUCAAGCUGAAGCUAUUUUUUUAUCAUUAUUUUUAUUGUAAUAGAAAUAAAAUUACCUCAUAUUUUACCACUGCUAAA